AUGUACAAGGUGGAAGUGACUGUCGAUGAUAUUGGCCAGACAGAACAUCUGCACUACGGUAAAGUUCACUGCGGAGAUGCCGAGCAUGUGGGCCUGGGCUCUCUCACUGGCAGGGCCCAGACAAUGGGGAGCUGCUUGAUCUUCUCCAUCACGAACAAUUCAAUUAAAACGUCGAAAUACAAUUUCUUCACUUUCCUGCCUCUCAACCUGUUUGAGCAGUUUCAGCGAAUAGCCAAUGCCUAUUUUUUGUUCCUGCUGAUUCUGCAGCUCAUUCCGCAGGUUUCCUCCUUGUCUUGGUUUACAACAGUGGUGCCGCUGGUGCUCGUACUGACCGUGUCGGGCGCCAAGGAUGCCAUCGAUGAUUUUAAUCGACACAAAAGUGACAAUCAUGUCAAUAACCGUCCCGUCCAGGUGCUGAUUAAUGGCAGAUUGAAGGACGAUAAAUGGAUGAAUAUCCAAGUGGGAGACAUCAUAAAACUAGAGAACAACAACUUUGUGACGGCAGAUUUACUGCUACUCUCAAGCAGUGAGCCGCACAGCCUGACGUACAUCGAGACGGCUGAACUGGAUGGGGAAACCAACCUCAAAGUGAAGCAGGCACUGACGGUCACUGCGGAGCUGGGAGAGAACCUUCAGAAACUGACUGAUUUCAACGGUGAAGUCAAAUGUGAGGCGCCGAACAACAAACUGGAUAAGUUCACAGGGACUCUUACUCUCCACGGGGAGAAAUUUGCCCUGGACAAUGAGAAGAUGCUGCUGAGGGGCUGCACCAUUAGGAACACAGAAUGGUGCUUUGGGCUUGUUAUUUAUGCUGGGCCAGACACCAAAUUAAUGCAGAACUGUGGGAAAACAACCUUUAAACGGACCAGCAUUGAUCGGCUAAUGAAUGUCCUCGUGUUAGUGCCAAAGUUCAUGUUCUACGACCACAGCCUGGUGGAAGCCGUGAAGCUGGACGAUGCCGCGACACACAGGUUUUUCCGGUUACUCUCGCUGUGUCACACCGUGAUGCCAGAAGAGAAGAAGGCAGGUAACCUGGUGUAUCAGGCCCAGUCUCCGGACGAAGGAGCCCUGGUCACUGCCGCCCGAAACUUUGGCUUUGUGUUUCGUGCGCGGACCCCCGAGACCAUCACUGUGGUGGAAAUGGGAGAAACAAAGGUCUACGAACUCCUGGCUAUUCUGGACUUCAACAACGUGCGCAAAAGGAUGUCUGUCAUCGUGCGAAGUCCGGAAGGUGACCUGACCUUGUAUUGCAAGGGCGCUGACACCAUUGUCUAUGAACUGCUGGAUGCGUCCUGUGAAUCCCUCAAGGAAGAGACCAUGGAACACUUGAAUGAGUUUGCAGGUGAAGGCUUGAGGACACUGGUUGUGGCCUACAAAAACCUGCAGGAAGACUACUUUGAGGAGUGGCACAAACGUCACCAUGAAGCAAGCACUGCCCUGGAUGAACGGGAAGAGAAGUUAUCUGAGUUAUACGAAGAGAUUGAAAAAGACUUAAUGCUGCUAGGUGCCACGGCUAUCGAGGACAAGUUACAAGAUGGAGUCCCCCAGACGAUUGAAACCCUGGCCAAAGCCCACAUUAAAAUCUGGGUUCUUACUGGAGACAAGCAAGAGACUGCCGUGAACAUUGGCUACUCCUGUAACAUGCUGCAUGAUGACAUGAAGGACGUUUUCAUUAUUGAAGGCCACACCUCUGAGGCCGUGUUAGAUGAACUCAGGACUGCAAGGAAGAAAAUGAAUCCGGAUUCCUUCCUGGACAGUGAUGAAAUUAACAUCAAGUUUGAAAACCCUUCCAUGAAGUCAAGGAUCUUACCUGAAGAGCAAGCGAACGGGGUGUAUGGCCUGGUUAUUAACGGCCAUAGCUUGGCUUACGCACUAGAAGGGAACUUGGAGCUUGAGCUGGUGAGAACAGCCUGCAUGUGCAAAGUGGUGAUCUGCUGCCGGGUGACCCCCCUGCAGAAAGCCCAGGUGGUGGAGCUAGUGAAGAAGUACAAGAAGGCCGUGACCCUGGCGAUCGGUGAUGGGGCAAAUGAUGUCAGCAUGAUCAAAACUGCCCACAUUGGGGUCGGUAUCAGCGGCCAGGAGGGGAUGCAGGCUGUGCUGUCCAGCGACUUUUCCUUCGCACAGUUCCGUUACCUGCAGCGCCUGCUCUUAGUCCACGGGCGAUGGUCCUACAUCCGCAUGUGCAAGUUCCUCAGAUACUUCUUCUAUAAGAACUUUGCCUUCACGUUAGUUCAUUUCUGGUAUGGAUUCUUCUCCGGCUUCUCUGCACAGACUGUGUAUGAUCAGUGGUUCAUCACCCUCUACAAUUUGGUGUAUACCUCCCUCCCGGUGCUAGGAAUGAGCCUCUUCGACCAGGACGUGGAUGACCGCUGGAGCAUGCAGUUCCCUCACCUCUAUGAACCCGGGCAGCAGAAUCUCUACUUCAACAAGAUCGAGUUUGUCAAGUGCGUGCUGCACGGGAUCUACAGCUCCCUCAUUCUCUUCUUCAUCCCCUAUGGGGCCAUGUACGACGCCGUGAGAAGUGAUGGGAAAGCCAUUGCUGACUACCAGUCCUUCGCACUGAUGGCCCAGACCUGCCUGCUGAUCGUGGUCUCUGUGCAAAUUGGCUUGGACACUGCCUACUGGACAGCUGUGAACCAGUUUUUCAUCUGGGGCAGCCUUUCCGUUUACUUUGCCAUCAUCUUCACCAUGUACAGUGACGGCAUGUACCUGAUCUUCACAGCCUCCUUCCCUUUCAUUGGGACAGCUCGAAACACCCUCAGUCAACCCAAUGUGUGGCUGGCGAUCUUCCUCAGCAUCAUCCUGUGUGUGCUGCCGGUGGUUGGCGGUCGGUUUCUGAAGGCUCAGCUAAUGCCGACCGUCAGUGACAAAGUCCUACGCAAGAUCAGAGCGGCCAAGAAGCGGCCGCCGCCUCCCUUGCCCAAGACACGCUUGCGCCGUACCAGCACCCGUCGCUCCGGCUACGCCUUCUCCCAUCAGCACGGCUUCGGCGCGCUCAUUAUGUCUGGGAGAAACAUGCGGCCUAAACUGCCUUUCACCACAACAGGGACGUUUUCACCCAAUAGUGAGAAAAACAAACACAAGUGAAUGAAAGAACCAGGGCAGCCAGAAAGGAAACUGUGAUCUGCACAGCGUCCCAGCCCGCACCUGCCCAGGACUGCCCUGUCAGCUACUCCAAGGAGGACUCAGGCCUUCUCUUUCCACCCAGGCACUCGCUCUAACUCCAGCUCCUGCUCUGAAGGGCACGCGCUGCUCCCAGGGAGGCAGGGGAAGGGUGGAAAGAACAGGAUGAGUCAAAGUUCUUAACUGUGUGGCAUUGACAAGUGGAGAGCGGCAAGUGCAGAGCAGACCAACCCCCACAUCCCUCCGUGGCCUGAGAGAGAGAACGUGCAGGGGAACGCCCGCUCCAUGCACCAAGAUCAUCCGUGAUGCCACUGCUUCAUCCCCUCAACCCAGUACCGCCGAGCACAGCGAAGUCAGGGCGGAGCGAGGGCAGAGCUGUAUACGCUCAUCCCAUCCACAAGACUUGUUUCUGCUGUGAGCUAUGCCGUGAAACAUUCAGAGCUGUAUUCAUCCCGGGGAUAACUCCACUGACCCCAGGGGGGACGGGCCCAGUGCCUCGAACCCAAAUCUUUGCAAUCUAAGUAAUUGUGCGGCCAUUUGUCCAUAAUGUACAUGAGCAUUUGGAGAGUAUGAGGUGGGAAAUGACCUUCCGAGCUGGUGGGUAACCCUGUCCAGGUCUACAGCCAGUGCCCCAAGCGCAGCCCCCUACCUUUGGGAGGUGCUGGAAGUCAGGGUUCAGCUCUCCAGGCAACACCCAGGGAAAGGGGCCUGCAAUCGAGCUGUGCUGCAGAGCCAGCCUGCUGGGAAAUGUCAUUGUUCUCAGGGUUUGCAGCCAGGCACCAGCAGUUUCUUCUAGAUUGAAAACAGAAAAGCACCAAAACACCCAGUUCCUGAAUUCCACAAAUGCUAGAGCCGCUCCGUUAGAGUAAAGCUGGGAAAUCCCUCCCUGGGUCAUGGCUCGGUCUCACCAGGGAACCUCCAUCAGCAGUUGGCUUUCCAACCAGACCCCGCCAAAUUCUGCUCUCCAGCACAAACGCCCAGCUCCCCUGGACUGAAUGAGAGCCUCUGAUGGCAGAAACGGAACCUCCAUGCGCUGCACAGGGCCGAUGGGAGGGUGCCGUUUUCACCCUUACCUCUGAGUGCCCAGCUCUUUAACACGCCAGCCCCCCUGUUCUGUCUCUCCCUAGGCUCAGGCUUGGUGAUCUCUGCAGUUUCUUGAACCACACGGUUUUGCCUCCUCGUUCGAUUUUGGUUGGAAGGCGAAUCCAUCAGACAGCUGACAGCCCCUAAGUCCCGUGUGUGAGGUCAGAGAGCUGUGAGCCCGCCAGCAAGGGGACCUGACAGACUAGAAACGGCCAGAGUCUUGGAGUUGCUGAGCCGUUGGGCCUGGUUCUCCAGGCCGUCACACCAGUGCUAUACCGGGGGAGUUACCCUGGUGUAAAGCCAGCAUGCGGGAGUGGAGAAUCAGGCCCAUUAGCGUUACUCACCCAUCGGAACGGCGCUCUCUCGCCUGCAGGACAAAGCGCCCCCCUGUUAGUUCCUCAGCCGGUGCUCUAACCACUUGCAGAGGGUGGUAGGGCUAGAUCCGAUGCCUGCUUGGGCGGGGGUUCCUGUACAUUACACACGUUAGCGGUAACGGGGUUCUGUGCGGAAUCCCCGAGGCACUGGCGGAAGGGAUGUGUUACUGUGACAGGCCAGCGACGUUUCCACUUGAAUUAGUCUCCCUAGAGCUCCUUGUUACCUGCUGGGCUCCUGGUUUUAACAGCAAUUGCGUGGAAUUGUUUAUACUCCUCUAACGAAGGGUUUUAUUCUCUGGACAUGACUCUCCUCUGGGCUUAGCACCGGUAGAGACAGAGGGUCGAUUGCAGCUGGGCUCUGGGGAUUUGUUAUAAACCACAGCAUUAGCUUUCGGCCAUGGGGCUGGGUCUGCCCUUCCACAGCAGGGGAAAGGAACAUGCUGCACGGAGACAGCUGUAACACCGAGCAAUGCAGUGCACCGGGGCGAAUCAAACUGAGCGGUGCAGUCAUUGCUCGUCGCUUCUCUCUGGCUUGUGGCUCCCUUGCCAGAGACCAUCACCUCGGCACGCCGAUUCGGAUAACGGCUCACGACGGUACCGAAGGGGAGAGUUUAGAUUGUUAACUGACACCCCAGAAGGCUCAGCCUGCCAGGCUGUGGCUAGCGUGUGAUGCUGUGGGCUGCAGUGCUGAGAAGGAAAGGCAGGCCAACUGCGAAUGAACCAGGGAAGCUCUGGGACCCCAGACACCGCUCUAAGACGGUUUGCACACAACACACCCUACUUGGCCACGGCCGAAGCGGGACUUACAAAUGCUGCAUAAGACACGCAAGGGAUGAUCCACUUGGUGAACUUGCUCCAACUGCAAAUACUUCAGCAGUUUGACAAGACCAAUGUAUGUUUUUAAUGUCUUGAAAUUGGCCCUGGUGUUCCACAAGCAUCUCUCCUUGGUUUGUAAAAUAAUUUUUUAAU